UGAAUAAAGUAAUCUAAAAAACUAGUAAAUUUUGCAAUUUUAUAAUGUCUGUGAAAGAAGAAAUUUUAAAGUUUGAAAAAUGUGAAGCCAAAGAUUUAAAUCCAAAAACUUUAUUUGAGUGGGUUGAUUUUUUCCAAAAGAAUAAACCACAGAUAAAUGGCUUGGUUGCUGGAAUAAUGUUAAUUAUUUUUGGUGGUCAGAAUGUUGGUUGGGGAAUCUUCAACAAUCAUUUAAGAGUUCAACCUUGGUCAGGUGGAUAUGAAGACGAUGGUGCGAUAUUUUGGACAAUUAUUUCAUGGUUUAUAGCUAAUAUUUUUGGACUUAUUCUUGGAUCAUUCCUUGUUUGCAGAUACACAAAAAUGAAAAUUUAUAUUUUGGCGUCAAUUUUAUCAUCAAUUAGUGCCACAUUCUUCGUUGUUUAUCCAACAAACAUUUCAAUCAUACAAUUAGCACGAAUUAUAGCUUCUAUAUCAAAUGGGAUAGUUUAUCUUGUCAUUUUAAUUCAUGCAAGUGAACUGUCAAUUCCAAGAAUUCGAGGAUAUCACAUAUCUGUGAUUAACAUGUGCAAUAUAGUUGGAGUGCUGUUAACAUCAAGCAACCUUAGUCAUGUUUACAAAACAAGAACAUAUGAAAAUGAUCCAACUAAAAUGCUUGGAUAUACUGGAUUAAUUUGUUUUUUAACUGGCUUAAUACUAGCUUUAUUUUUAAAUCGUGAAUCACCGGUGUUCCUUAUACAAAAAUAUAAAGAAAAAGAAGCAUUGAACAAUUUAAUGAGAUUAAGGUCCGAGUCACAUGAAACGUUGUCAAUUAGAGACGAAUUUAAUGAGCUCAUUCAAAUGGUUAAAGAAGAUUCACAAAGUAGUAUGAACAUUACACAUUACUGCUAUCAAUUUAUAAUUGUGAUAAGUCUCAAGAGUUUAUUCGUUUUUUCAUUUAAUAUGCCACUUAAUAUUUACUUUCUAAAUUUAGCAAAAAUUAACUUCUAUGACGGAGAAGUUGAUAACACUGGUUUAUACUUAUUAAGUGCACGAUUGACAGCAAUGAUUAUUUCUAUGAUUCUUAUUGAUUUUAAAAGAAUUAAAUUGUUUUUAUUUUCAUCAGUUGGAUGUGGAAUUAUUUUGAUAUUUUUAUCGCAAUUUACUGUUAAAGAUGAUUCGAUUUAUUCUGCAAUAAUUUCAAUUAUUUUUCAAAUUUUUGCUGGUUUUGGGAUAAGUUUUGUAUCGGACAUUUAUUCAGUUGAUUCAGUUAAUACAAAAAUUAAACCUAUUUUUAUAGCGUUAACGACUAGUUAUGAGAUUUUAUUGCAAAUAAUUUUAAUUGUUGCAUAUUUCUACUUUACCAUGUCGAUAUCGAAUUUAUUACUUAUUUUUGGACUCGUGAUGAUAUUUCCCCUUUUAGCUUAUCCUUUUAAUUCUAAAUACAAGAUUCUUCCUGACACUAGCGGCUUAAGUUUGCGUCGAGCAAGAAAUAAAUUUUUAUAAAAUUGUUAAAACCUAAGUUUUUGUAAUAAAUAAAAGACAAUUUAAAUAUUUUUCAUUUUUAUAUGGUACCCAGUAAUAACGC